UCUGCCAAACUCUAAUAAAUUUAUUUUAUCUGGAGAUUGAAUGUCAACAAAAGAGUUCAAUAUUGCUAUCUUUAUUUACUCAUCCGACAACGACAACGACGACGACAACGACGACAGCAACAACAUCAUGAACAAGUGACCUCCACAGAUCUUUAUUCUUCUUAUUGAUGUUUAGUCUUUUAAGCUGCAACUUCUCACAAUUUUCCCAUCAUGCCGCCUGCAGUACGGAUUCGUCCUUACAAGGACUUUUUGACUCCAGCCUUGCAUAGAAGAUUUGCAUUGGCAACGGCUGUAUUGGCAGCAGUAUGCUACAUCGAAGCGGUAUGGGUCGGGGAAUGGAAUUCAUGUAUGUACCUUUGGCUUCACAAAUUGAAUGUGCUAAUCAAACCCUGCAGUCCUUUGGUCAUGGUUUCCUUUGGGUAGAGCUGGCAUCAGAAGCGGUCUUUUCUUCAUAUGCGCAUUUAUGAUAUUCAUCCUUCGAGUAGCUCAAUUACAUGUCGGAAUGCGGACCUCAAUCUCGACCUUCCACACAUUUAUACAAUAUGCGCCCAAAUUUCAGACCGUUCAGACAGCACUUUGGUAUCUAUUUUCCGCAUGGUUUUUCAGCGAGAUAUACAUAUGGUCAGUUCCUGAGAGCGCAGGUCUCAAUCGCAUCAAGCUUGCAGCAAAAACCAGUCGACCAAUAUUGAACGAGAAACCUAUUUAUUUAACUAUGUGUCUUUUAUUUAAUGCUAUCGUACAAGCUGGUUUCCACCUUAUGUACGACUAUGAUCGCAUUGAUAUUCCAUUUACGAAGACAGGACCAGAAGUUUCAUCCGAGCAACCUUCACAUACAACUGUACUGCCAAUGGUACAAUUGAAAGCGAAGGCAAUGCCUCUAGCUAUAAGCUGUCUCAAGCGCGUUACCAUCAUGGCUGUGGUAUCUCCAUUUAUCUAUUCUAUGAAUAUUAGCCUCCCUAUUCCUUUCAUCCUACCGAUUUACACGUUCAAUAUCAGAGAGAGUGUAUGGGGGUUUACCCGUUCAUUUGCAAAGAUUUUCUGGAACCUACCAAAAGCCGCUACUCCCCCGAAUGAGUUGCCUUUCCACUGGACAAUGGUGCUUAGGACAAUUAUUUCGGGACUCAUGCUUACCUUACUGUGGGAAUUUGGAAAUCUUGCAUUCUCGGUUUAUGUGGCGCAAGCGCCUUUGAAGAAUGACAGACCAAUUACCUAUGAAUCUCGAGACCCGAAUGGGAGUUUGUUGACUGGACUAAAGGGUAAGAAGUUGCAAACAAGAGUAAGCACCCUCCCCUAAGCUCCUCCUAUGAGAUUGUAUUAACACCGUUCAGGCUUUCGCAUUUUGGGAACUUGUAGAAAUUGCACAGCAGUACCAGGGAAGACGGAAAGCCAUUUUUGAUGACAUUGACCGUGUGGGCGGUUCAGCUUGGUCUCAAAUCCUUGCAACAUGCCUCGAGACAAUUAAUGAGAUCAAUCAGCGUAUCGAAGAAUAUGAUCCAAAAAAACCACCAUCAGUAAUCAGUGUGUAUGAGGAGCAGGAGACGCAGGACCCAGUAUCAUCGCUUCCCCGUCUCUUGACCGAAUCCCUGAAGGAAGAACCGAAGGGUGGUCUUGUGAGAAAACCCCAACCAGCAGAGUCAAGAAGUACGCGUUAUCUGGAAGCCGUUGGCUCAUUUGCAAAGAGUCAGGGGGAACUAUCACCACCAGAUAAGAUAUCUCGUAGCCGCCAGUUGAAAGAAGACAAGAAAAAGGCAGCAAUUAAGUCCGCAGUAUCUACACAAUUUCAACAGCCUGAGGGAAUCCAGAAAAUCCUACGUGAGCAGGCAAUUAUAAUUCUCAGUCUACCAUUUGGGAAACCGUUCAGGCAGGAAUAUCGAAAAGAGAUUGCAAGCGUAGUGUUAGGAACCCCCUAUGGCGAUCUAGGUAUCAUCAUUGAUGCUAUCAACUCAAUAACUAGGUUUGCUGUAUGCAGUCUUGUUGAAGACAAAUAUGGAAAGGUACAGAAGGACAUCAAGGAUAUCGUUGAGACAUAUACCAAGACGAUUGUGGAAGUGCAGAAGUUUAGGACCGGAUUAGGCACACAUUGGACCGAUGUAGAAGGAAGACAAGAGAGCCCCGAGGUGGAUUUGCUACUCGCUGUCUUGAAAAGCGGACUUAGAGAGAUAGUUGGGGCCUUUGGGGAUUAUAGUGCAGAGUUGAAAAUAAACCAGACUGCCUUGAGGGUAGCGAGAGAAGCCAUGAAUAUGCCUCCUCCAAGACAGGAGGAUAUGGAGCAGAGGCGUCGUUGGAAGACUUGUAUCGUGUAACACCAAGCAAAUAAAUAUAUUACGAUCCUCAAAAUAAACGCUUCAUCCGAAUAUGUGAUGAGGUAGAAAGUCUAUGCAUGGAAUGCAUAGCUAAUAGCUUAUCCGUAGGUUU